GAUAUGAAUGGCCGCAGUGCUCAGUGUAGUAAAGUCUCCCCGUCUAGCCUGCUGUGCUCCUCCUCCCGUCCCCGCUCCUCCACCCUGAAACCCAUCCCGACCAUGGUGGUCAUGGGAACCCCCAAAGUCAUCUUCAUCCCCGGAGGACAGUCGGAGCAGGGGGAGUGCCAGCAGCUCACCUCCGUCAUGUUACCCAUACACAGCCCGGACAGUCCGGAAUCUUCGUGCAGCGACGUACCGCCGAGGAAGAGGCAGAGACUCACUCAUCUCAGCCCGGAGGAGAAGGCGCUCAGGAGGAAAUUAAAAAACAGAGUAGCCGCACAAACGGCACGAGACAGAAAAAAAGCCAGAAUGGGUGAACUUGAGCAACAAGUUUUGGAUCUAGAGUUGGAGAAUGAGAAACUCCUGAUUGAAAACAAGCUUUUAAGAGAAAAAUCCCACGGUUUGAUAACCGAAAACCAAGAACUACGUCAGAGAUUGGGCCUUGAUGCCCUUGACAUAAAAGAGGAAGAAGAGAUCGAGGUUCUUGUACAGUCCAGAGAAGAUGAAGUCAGUUCGGUGAUCGGGUCCGCUGAGUCCGCAGCACUCAGACUACGUGCCCCUCUGCAGCAGGAGCAGGCCCAGACGUCCACGAACUUGACAGCAUCUGCAUGGAUCCUGACAGCCCUGAUUCUUCAGACAGCGAGUCUGAUAUCUUGCUCGGCCUAUUGGAAGGUCUGGACCCAGAAAUCUUACUUGGCUACCAAGAAGCACUGUCCUGGAACCAGCAGCAAGAGGUUAGCAGUGAAUCAGAUUCCAUACCCACCGCCCCCUCUUCACCAGUGGGGACCCCAUCAAUCAAGCUGGAAGCCAUUAAUGAACUGAUUCGGUUUGACCACGUCUACACAAAGACCCUGUGCUCGGAGCAAGAUGCAGAGCUAGGGAUUGAGUCCAGCGUAGUCAUUAAAACAGAGGAA